CUCUGUGCCCUCAUCAGCAAUGAGGCACUCUCUCAUUGGGUUACUCUUCCUCCUGGUAAUCUCACUGCCUUCAGGGAAUGGAUUGUUUGGACAUGAUGGAAUACAAAUCUGUACUUGCACUGCACUCAAAGGCAGGUGCUUCUUCGGUUGCAGAGUGGGAUGGACGUGGGUUUCAUUCUGUCACAACAUGUUGUCUUGUUGUGUAAAAAUGUUGAAAAAUAAUCUUCCCCAGGUCGAUGAGUAUUGACCCUCACCUCAUGGAUCCAAUUAAAAGGCUACAUGAAUAGCUAAAAGGAUAAAAUCUGCA